UUUAAAGUGCUAGAGAAACCAAAAGCCAACAAGCAUCGAACAGUAGUAACUCUUCCAAACCCACCGCCCCUCUUAAUUUCUCUCUCCUCACACCAUUUUAGCUCUCUCCCUCCCUCUUAUAAUCUCGAUCGAUCACUCUUCCUUCAAGACUGCUACAAGCUCUCAUACGCGCGUAAUAGAUAGCUAGUAUUAUCAAUUGGGGCUGGCUGGCUGCAGGGUGUGAUAUGAGUAGUGGAAGCAGUAUCAGCGCAAGCGUGGGAGGAGUAGCAGGAGCAGGAUCAGGAGGAGGAAGCGGAGCUGGCAGUGGAGGAGGAGGAGGAGGAGGAGGAGGAGGAGGGCCUUGCGGGGCCUGCAAGUUUCUGCGGCGUAAGUGCGUGACAGGAUGCAUCUUCGCUCCCUAUUUUGACUCGGAGCAGGGCGCGGCGCACUUCGCGGCGGUUCACAAGGUUUUCGGUGCCAGCAACGUCUCCAAGUUGCUUCUCCACAUCCCCGCUCACAAGCGUCUUGACGCCGUCGUCACCAUCUGCUACGAGGCACAGGCCCGCCUCCGUGAUCCCGUUUACGGCUGCGUCGCUCACAUCUUCGCCCUCCAACAACAGGUUGUCAACUUGCAAGCGGAGUUGUCUUACUUACAAGCCCAUUUGGCGACACUGGAGCUCCCGUGCCCCCCGCCGCCGCCGCCGCCGCCGACCUUAUCACCCGCAGUGCCCUUGCCCCUUACCAUCUCCGACCUUCCAUCGGCAUCACUCCUCCCUUCCUCUGUCGAUCUUGCAGCCCUCUUCGACCCCCUCGUGCAACAAGCUUGGGCUCUUCAACAAUUACCGCAACAAGAUCAGCAGCACCAGCAGCUCAGCGCGAGUACAAGAAGCCUAUCCGAGAGUUCCAGCUACGGCGGAGGCGGCGGCGGAGGCGACCUCCAAGCAUUGGCCCGGGAGCUCCUCGGCCGCCACAACCACCGGACCACCAGUGGCGAACCGCCUCCCUCCUCAAAGUGACUGGUGAUGUCAAAUCCCAGGCGAGGUAUAUGAAUAUUGAAACAAGUAUAUGUUGCUCGUUUCAGGGGAUGUGCUUCUUAUUCUGGGAUCAAGAAUCCAAAUUAAUUUGCUUAUAUAAUGCGAGGGGGGAUUGGCCUAGCUAGUAGUACUACUAGCUACUUCUCUAAUGUUUCAAUACCCCACAAAAAAAAAAACUUUCUUUUAACUUCAUUUGUUCAACAAAUUAGGUCAAACUGGAGGAUUAAGACAUAUCAUAUUUAGGAUGAUCGUCAUGUAGUGACCGAGCUGCUUCUUCGAUUGGACACAUCUGCCUGGAAUGUAAAAAAUGAAGAAAUGAUCAUGCAUGGGGUUUCAUUAUUAUAAUUCAGUAUUGGCCAACAUGAGAGCAAAAUUUAAGCAACAAUG